AUGACGACGUCAUCUAUAGUACCAUCAUCAUCGGCAGCGGCAGGAGUGGCAGCGACAGAGGCUUCCGGCUCUGGGGCUGGGAGACGCCAAAAAUUACCGAAAUUGGAGUCGAUUGAAGCUGCUAAGCGCGCAGCGGCGUAUGCUGCGGUAGACCGUCAUGUCAAACCAUCUCACAAGAUCAUUGGCAUCGGGAGUGGCUCAACAGUGCCCUAUGUUGUCGAGCGCAUCAUCCAACAAGGCCCGGAGGUGAAUGCCAAACGCUGGUUCGUACCAACCGGCUUUCAAAGCAAGGAGUUGAUCGUCCAGGCUGGCCUUAACCUUGGCGACGUCGACUGCUUCCCGACGAUCGAUGUGACCAUCGACGGCGCGGACGAGGUGGACAAUUGCUUGAACGCAAUCAAAGGCGGUGGUGCUUGCCAUCUGCGGGAAAAAGUGCUAGCGGAAGCAGCGACGGAGUUUGUAAUUGUUGCCGACUACCGCAAGAACUCCAAUAUCCUCGGUUCAGCGUGGACGCAAGGCGUGCCCAUCGCCGUCAUACCCUUUUCCUAUGCCAAAGUCAUGCGCGAUCUCAAGAAGCUCGGUAGCACCAACGCGCAGCUGCGCAUGGGAAAGAUGAAAGCCGGCCCAGUCGUCACCGACGACUCAUGUUUCAUCAUCGAUGCAGUCUUCAGCCCGGCGGUGAUGAAGGAUCCGCAGGAGCUGUUUAUUCGCAUCAAGAUGCUCGUCGGCGUCGCCGAGGUCGGUAUUUUUGCGGGCAUGGCAAAGGCUGCGUACUUUGGCAAUGCUGACGGCACCAUCACCACCAAGAUGUCCGAUGGCAAGGUCGAGGAGGGCGUCCGCUUUGAUGUCGAGCAGCUUCCGCCCCUUGCCGAUGCAGUCACGGAGACUUCAUGA